UUCAUUUUCAAUCUCAAGAAGUCAUUUCCCAAAGAUUCAUUCGUAUAAAUCGUACAAACAGUAAAGUAAUUGUCAGGAAGAUUUGAAAUAACAGAGGACGAACGACAUCUAAAUUCCUAAGCGUCCGUAGUAACGGGUGAAACAUCAAUGAAACAACAUCAUCUUCAAAAAUUUAAAACUUCAUUACGGCGUAUAAUUUAAUAAAAGUGAAUAUCCCUUGAAUCUCUUCCAUACACAGGAUGAAACAAAGUUGUUUCUUUUCGUUGCUCAUUAUUGCUGCUUUAAGAUCGUGUUUAGUGGCUGGGACAAUCUCAUUCAAAACAAGACGGGUUGAAGUUAAAGAAAUUCGUUUUAAAAUAGUCUUCUUAACUGUUCAAAGAAUUGGAGCGAUUAAUUCCAAUAUCAGCUUCAGUUGCACGAUUCGAAACUUCACCGACGACUUUUAUAGUGAAGGUGGAACUGGAACUGGAGCGAUCGCUGCUGGUCAAACUGCCGGAACUUGUCAAUUUUUUGUUAAAGAUGAUACACAACCGGAGGGAAACGAGAUUUUUCCCGUUGAACUGCGUUCACCAGCAGGCCGACUGAAUUCUGCAGUAUUGGACGUUGCCUACAUUGUGAUCACCAGUAAUGAUGAUGGAAAUGGUAUUGUGGGGUUUGACGUGCCAAAUGGUUUCAGUAUUCACGAACCGCGCACAGACGGUGAUGUUCAAAAACUGCCGAUCAGAAGAAGCGUUGCAGCCUUCGGACGGGUCACAGUGAUGUGGAGAGUUAUUACUGCCGCUGCAAGCAAGGACAUUAACACAACUUCUGGUACGGUUGUAUUUCGUGAUGGAGAGGCAGUCAAAGAUCUGGAGUUUUCUGUUCGUCCCGACCUAUUGAUUGAAAGAGAUGAAGAUUUUGAAUUUGAGUUGACAAAUAUCACCGGCGGUGCUCGGCUCAAUAGCAGUCUUUCCAAAGUUCUUGUGAGGAUAUUAGCCAAUGAUAUUCCCGUACGGUUUGCUGUGAGUCACGUCAUCGUGCCUGAAAACCAAACCGUUGUGACUUUGUGGGUUUACAGAGGCCUUGAUGCGAAUGGUUUCAACCUUGCUCAGGUUUCAUUGGAUCGUACCAGUACUGUAGCAUGGUAUCUUAAAUCCGAUGGUGCCUUGGGCAACCAGGACUUUCACCAAACUAGCGGCACUCUUGUAUUUGGUAAAGAUGAGACACGAAAGUCCAUCGGUGUUCGUAUAAUAGAUGAUACCAUUCCAGAAAAUUCUGAGAAUUUCACAGUUCAUCUAACUAACCUAAGUGCGGAUAUUAGUCUGGUAUCACCAUCAGUAAGUACCAUACAGAUCUUGCACAGUGAUGACCAUGUUGGGGUGUUUGGUUUAUCUGGGGAUGGUAAUAUCACCGUCGGUGAAGAUGAUGGUAGUAAUGUGGUUGAUGUUACCAUCAACCGAACAGCUGGUGCCUAUGGUACAGUGGAUGUGAUGUGGUUGGUGGAGUCCUCCCAUAGUAACCUGUCAACUCAAAUUUCGCCAUUGAAUGGUACUGUCACAUUUGGCGAGGGUGAACGGGAAAAAGUAGUGAGAAUUACCAUAAUGAAAGACAUGGUACCAGAGGAGGCAUUUUGGUUUGUGGUAGUGCUUGCUGCGGUCAGCGGCGGUAGAGUGACAAACGAUCCUUUGGGGAGAUCAAAAAGAGUUAUCGUGAGGGAUAGCGAUGACGUUUAUGGUGUAUUUGAAUUCUCAAAUGAUACACAUCAAACACUCAGUUUGACAAGCAGCCCUCGGAUGCUUAACUUCGCAGUUUUAAGAAAAGGCGGAAACUAUGGGGUGGUGACAGUUGGGUACCUGGUGAAGUACUUUGCCGCUGAUGGUACAGACCAUACAACCAGUAUUGGUAUUAAAACGUCUGGGUCAAUUUCCUUCUCGUCUGGUCAAGCCAGUGCAUCAGUUGGCUUAAGCAUCCCUACAGGAGGAUUCAUUCGUGCUAAUUCUGUAUUUAGAAUUACAUUGAUCUCACUGAGUCUUGUACAGCCAGCAAAGACUCUCGUACCGCCGUCUACACCUCGUUUUGGUCCCCGCUCCGUCAUGAACCUCACCGUCCACCCGCAAUAUGCUGACGGUGAGAUUAGGUUUGAUAAAACAAGCGUUACUGUGACCGAGCCAGAGGAUGGUCAGACCAAAAGAAUUGAUCUGGAAGUUCGACGUGAUGGAACUUUAAACCAAGCGAGUCUCCGAUGGAGUGUUGUUGGCGUGACGACAAGCAAUGAUUUGACACCAACCAGCGGGAACUUGUUUUUUGGAAAAGGUGUUAGCUCUCGCAAUAUUACCAUUGAUAUUCUUCCUGAUACCUUACCUGAGUUGGAUGAACGUUUCACCAUUCGACUUCACAAUGUUUCUGAAGCGAAGUUGCAAGCUGGAGCGUCCGAGUUGAUUUUGACCAUCGAGAGAAAUGACAAUGCUGGCGGAGUAUUUCAAUUUGACAAUAAAAUAGAGUCGAUCAUUCUUUCUGAGACAGACAGUAAAUUUGCAGUCACUGUUCUUCGAAUUGGAGGCGAUUUAGAAGAACGUUGGGUCAAAGUCACGACAAACAAUAGAAUGAAAGACUUCGUUGCAGGAGAAGCUCAUAUGAUCUUUGGUGUAAACGUAAGAAAAAUGUCUGGGACAUUUUAUAUCAACGAUGACAACGUUCCUGAGACAAACGAGACUUUCACAUUCAAGCUUGUUCCGUUUGGUCCUGCCGAUUCGCAGGGUGUUUUGGGUAGUCCCACCGAAUUCAAUGUCACAAUUUUAGCGAACGAUGAUCCUCAUGGGGUUAUGGUGUUUGCCAACACAUCACAGACCAUAGUUGAAAGCAAAGGUGGCCAAAAUUUCGCAAGUUUUGUUAUUGAGCGUCGACGGGGAUUGUUCGGUGAUGUCGUUGUGACAUGGAACAUCACUUCGGAAGCCGAUACGAUAUUGGAUGUUUCGCCGACGUUUGGAAACGUCCGCUUUAGCGAAAAUGAACAGUUCAAGAUUAUAAGAAUCUCCUCUUUGGAAGAUAACAUCCCAGAACUUGAUGAGAACUUCACUAUCACCUUGAUCAACACAGAAGGUGGCGCGAAAAUUGGCGAGCCACACCAAGCUCAACUCACAAUCCUAAGAAAUGAUGAUGCAAUCGAAUUCAAAACGCCUGCACAUGUUAGAGUGAACGAGGGAGAUUGGGCAACCUUCACAAUAAUACGCCAUGGACGCCACAACAAGGCUGUCACUGUGGACUACACAACCCGGAAUGGCUCAGCCACGUCAAGCGGUGGCGAUUAUGCGCCGGAGAAUCAGCAAAUCGUAUUCGCCAGCGGUGAAACUGAGAAAAGCAUCUCGGUGUAUAUCCGGGACGACAAUCAACCGGAAACUGACGAGAAUUUUACCAUCGUGCUGACGUCAUCAACUGGUGAUACCUCCAUAUAUGGUAAUACGGUUGCCGUGGUUACCAUAGCGGCAAAUGACGACCCUAAUGGUAUAUUUCAUUUUGAUAAGAAUUCUGAGCUGAAUAAAACUGCAAGCGAAGGGAAACCUGUAGCGUUUCGAGUUGUAAGAGAUCGUGGGAUAUAUGGAAUGGUCAGCGUACGUUGGCAGGUUUAUCAAGUGUAUUCCAACGGAUCGCAAUACGCUCUCACAUCCGGCGACUUUGGAGAAACGUCUGGUGCGCUGGUGUUCCAGAACCUUGAACGAGCCAAAAACCUUUCACUCGAUGUUUUGGCUGACGAUAUAGCAGAAUACGGAGAAAACUUCAAAAUUGUUCUGAAAAACACAACUGGAGGGUCUCCGGGCCCCGGCGGUAAGCUCUCGACCAGUUUGAAAAGCGCGUACAUUCAUAUUCCAACUAAUGACAAUCCGUAUGGUCUUUUUGCGUUCGCACCAAGCUCUCUGAACGCGACUGUAGCUGAAGAUACGAGACCUGGAUACGAGUAUGAAGCCACCGUCAAUUUGACGGUUGUGAGAAAACGCGGGAAAGACAGAGAUGUUGGGGUAUCCUGGUGUAUUUACAAAGCAGAAGUUGCGGACGACCUAAGUGAUAUUUGGGACCUUGUGUUUUUGAGCAAGAUUAAUGGAGCUGGUAUAGUGAAUGAGGGAGAGAAGAGACGAAAUACGGGAAGCAAUGCGUUGCAAUUCACUGCAGUCAACAGAUCAUACGCAGUCGUUGAAUCCUUGUCCCGCGUUCCUUCUAAAGAAUUUACAAUCAGUGCGUGGUUGAAACCAAAAUUUGGUCACAAAGGAACUAUUCUGGCCAAAGUGCUCUCUAACUCUGGAAAUGUGGCGUAUAGUCUCAAGAUUGAUACGAGAGGAAAUGUCACUUUAACAAUGGUGAUAUUUGUGACGGGAGACAAAACACUGACAGUUCCGAAGGAGAUUGGUCGAGGUAUACUUGAUGAUAAUUGGCAUAAUAUAAUGAUUGCUGUUGAUAGUCAAACUGGAAUAGCGUUUUACUACGAUGGCACACAUAUUGGAACGAACAGUUCUGUGAGGUUCAACACGAUUCUCGAUGAAGAAGGAGAUUUAUACCUUGGUGUUGCAAAACCCAACAACGAUCAUUUUGAAGGUCUUCUUCAGGAUGUUAAAAUCUUCACCAAAAACCUUCGAGAAAGCGAGGUGAAUACUAUCGCUAAUCCUGUUAAAGACGUUAUACCCAUCAAUGGUUACCUUUACUACCCAGAACACCUUGCGUCCCGUGUUGUUGCCUUAAAAUCUAUUGAUAAUGAGUUGACGGAACCAGAGAAGCCGUAUUCUGUCAUUCUGGUCAGCAGUCGUGGUGGAGCCGACAUUGAUGAACCGCGCAAUUCCAGAGCUAAACUAAUAGUGUUGAAGAGCGACAAUGCAAACGGAGUGUUUGCGUUCAGCUCUGCUCAAUCCUUGUCAAAAAUGGUGCCGGAAACUGCCGGAAAUGUCUCGUUUGUUAUCCAAAGAACUGUCGGAUUUGCUGGAGAGGUCACCGUUAACUGGAUGGUCUUUCAUCAAAAUGGUUCCAGAGCGUCUGAUGAUUUUGUGAAUGCGUCCAGUUCGUUGGUCUUUGAAAAUGAAGAAAAACAAAAGACUCUCACAGUCUUCGUGAUGAACGAUAAAAAAGCGGAAUUGUCCGAGCAUUUCCGACUGCGUUUGGUGUCCGCUCAGUCAAACGAUGGAACGAAAGAGAGUACAGCGAUAAGUGGAGCUAGUAUCAGUCCCGUGUUCUCGGUGGCAAAUAUCACCAUUGAGGAAAACGACUCUCCAUACGGCUUACUGCAGUUUGCCAGCGAGGCUCCCAGAAGUCGAAAUAUUUCGCCGUCGACCAAAGUAUUUACAAUGGAAGUCCGAGAAAGCGUUGGCAAGUUUAAAUUGUAUAUCGAAAGAGCGCAAGGGAUUGUGGGGGAUAUUGAAUGUUCAUGGCAGAUGAAGGCGUUAACCGCUGUGGAAAAUCAGGAUUAUGUUGAUGCCGCGGGUACGGUUUUCUUAAAGGCAGGGCAACUGAGCACGAAUAUUGAAAUUUCCAUUAUUGAUAAUGAUAAGCCUGAGUUAAACAAGACAUUCCGUGUGUGGCUCUAUGAUGCUAAAAAUGGAGCUGAGAUUGGACCAGGUGGAACAGCGAACAUUACUAUCAAACCAAGCGACGAUGCUUUUGGUGUAGUCAACUUCACGUCUCGUUCUCUUGCGAGAUCUGUGGAGGAAGGUGAGAGCAUUGACCUUGAACUUCACAGGUCAGGUGGUACAUUAGGAGAGAUUGUGAUUGGCUGGGCUGUCGAGAACGCUGGCGAUGACUUAAAGCCAACAACUGGACUGAAAAUCAUGAAGGCUGAUGAAAGAUUUGCGAAUAUUACGAUUGUUGCGUCAAAUGAUUUGCUUCCUGAACUGUCCAAAAGCUACGUUGUGCGCCUCGUUAACGUGACCAGAGGUCGCUUAGCGUCACGUGGUAUCGUAUCGAACGUAACCAUUCCCGCCAACGACGAUCCGUUUGGACUUUUUGAAUUUGAACCCAGUCUUGUAGCGGUUGAAGAAGCCAGCCGAAAUAUAACUGUGAAUAUAGUACGACGGCAAGGAACUAUGGGUACAACACGCGUGUUCUACACGAGCGUACCAACCAGUGUCGAAGUGAAUGACGUGAUGUAUGACAGAGCUGAGGAGGACAAAGAUUUUCGUCCGGUCAGCGGUUUUGUAGAUUUCCCACCCGAUGAAAUUGCAGGAAGCUUCGUAGUGACCAUACUAGAUGACGUCAUACCAGAAGAUAAUGAGACAAUUGUUGUCAAUUUGACAUCAGUCACGUUACUGGAAGGACAAGGUUUUCAAUCAGAUGGUUAUCCAAGAAUUGGUUCAGACCGACUGCUCAAGGUGGUGAUUCUGCGGAACGACAAUGCAAGUGGAAUCGUGCAUCUUUCAUCUUCGUUUGUUGCUGUGAAGGAGGGUAACAGAGGAGCGUUUCUGUACAUCACACGAAGUGGAGGGAUAUUUGGAAAGAUAACUGUUGACAUCGAGGUAACAUCAGUUGAUUCUGAUCCGUCUAAAGAUUACCUUAUAAACGCCAGCAAGGUCACACUAUUUGACGACCAGCGGACUGCUCCUGUACCAAUAUCUAUCAUAGAUGACGAAGAUCCUGAGCUUAAUGAGACGUUUAUUGUUCGUCUGACCUCCCAGGACGGGAAUGUGAUCAUUGGUCAACCCUCACAAUGUGUUGUCACUAUUCAAGAAAAUGAUUAUCCCUAUGGAUUGAUAGGAUUUAGUCCCUCGUCUUUAAGUUCUUUGGUAAAAGAACCAUCCAGCGGCAACGAAGUGGUCAAACUUCACGUAAUACGCGAAUAUGGAACCGUGGGUGUCGUACGGUUUGAAUGGACUGUCACGCUCUCAGGAAGACUGGCAACUAGCGACGUACAAAAGGCGCAGGGCAAUGAUAUUAUUCCGCCAGGCGUGAACAUGACAAGUGUUGAUAUCGUGGUUUCAGCUGAUAAUGUUCCAGAAGUGAAUGAGGUUCUGUUAGUCACCCUCAGUGUAACGAAGGGGAAAGCUCAACUUAAUUCUGCGCGAAGUCAAGCGAAUGUGACAAUCCAACUGAAUGAUGAUGCCUACGGUGUGAUAGAGUUCAGUUAUGAUAGCUACACCGUUAGAGAAGAGAAUCGUAAUAAAACAGCACGCAUCCCGAUUCUUCGAAAACGCGGCACAUAUGGAGACGUGAAACUUUACUACAGCACUUUGCAAGAACGUUCGCCGUCUUCCGCGAGUCCUAAUCAAGAUUACGUCCCGUUAGUCAACGCGAGCGUCACUAUCGCUGAUGGAUCCAAUUCUUCAUCGGUCGAUGUCGUCAUUAUUGGUGGCAUCACACCAGAGCUUAAUGAAUACUUUAUUAUUGACCUGGAGUAUGUGGAACUUGUAGGGAACGGAGUAUCAUCGCAGCCUCGUCUGGGCGCGAAGACGAGUGUUAAUGUCACAAUAGAGGAUGAUGAUUAUUUUUAUGGGUUGUUUAAAGUGUUUGGGGAGAGAAACCAAAGUCAUAUCGUUGUUAAUGAAACUGCGGGUUUGGGCGUGACCCUUUACAUUUGGAGACUUGGAGGUCACACAGGCGAUGUCUCUGUGAUGGUGAUAAUAUCUCCUGAAAGCACAGCUCGUGAGAAUCAGGACUUUAGAGGAAGUAGCGUAACUUUACCCUUCAAACCCGGUGACCGUAAGAAGUCUUUAACACUAAGUAUCGUAGACGACCAUCAGCCCGAACGCGAUGAGACUAUCAUCGUGAAAUUGGUCAACCCAACCGCUGGCUCAUCUGUUGCUCAAGACGUUGGAAACAAUGUUACGAUUACAAUUCAGGCAAAUGACGUAGUCGCAGGCUACGUCGGGUUUAAUAUGUCGUCCCAGGCUGUAAUUGUAAGGGAGGGUGAGAUGGUUAGUCUCGCUUUGGUCAGGACGUCACCAGCGGCAGGAAUUGUGACUGUUGAUUGGCUCAUUCAAGGAGAUAAUGUUACAAAAGAAUUCAAUGAAACCUCUGGAACAGCGCUUUUUAAAGAGGGUGAAAGAACUACUUACAUACGAACCCAAGUGUUGGCUGACAAUACUUCAGAAAUUGAAGAGCAGUUUCAAGUCAUUCUCCGAAAUCCAGUCACAUCUGGUAUUUCCAAGACUGGAGCAGCCGAAAUCAACCCUCGCAAGGGGACAGCAACGCUGACAGUUGCAGCGAGUAAUGAACCUCAUGGAGUGGUUGAGUUUCAGCAAAGUUCACGGCGUGCUGUUGUUAAAGAAAGCGGAAAUAUUGAAGAGCUGUCUGUUGCAAGAUUAUUUGGAAAUAUUGGAACAAUUCGUGUUAAUUUCACCGUCACAAAUAGCAGUUUACAUUCACUUUCCUCCGAUGAAAGACUAGCCACUCUAGGUGCAGACGUUGCGGUUAAUACUAACUCAAUUCUCAUCAACAACGGAGAUAGUAUCGGUGCUAUUCCUUUGACCAUCGUUAACGACACCCUGGCCGAGUUAGACGAGUAUUUCAUCGUGAAUAUAACCAGUGUUGAGCUGGUGAGAUCAUCAUCGCAGCCUGUCAAUAAUGAGACAUUUAGCCCACCUCGACUUGGUCAAUUCCUAACCUCGGAGGUCAAGAUUGGAAAGAACGAUGGACCGCAAGGAAUUCUGAUCUUCUCUCCAUCCAGAGUGAACGUGGAGGAGAACAUCGGUUCAUUUAACUUGACAGUAUUACGAACACAAGGCACAUUUGGUGAGAUCGAAGUGAAUUACUAUGUCAGAAGAAGAACUAUCGGUGAAAAUGAUUUUAGCCUCUAUGGCAAGCUUGAAGCGGGAGGCGAGGGAACUUUGAAGUUUCUUGUUGGACAACGAAGACAAAAUAUCACAAUCUUCAUCAAUGAUGAUACAAUACCAGAAGGAGAUGAACUCUUUGAAGUUCACUUGAAAAAAAAGACGAAUCAAGACUUUGAAUUAGGAAGAGACUCAAUUGCUUACGUCACUGUACUUGUAAACGAUGCUGGCAACGGGAUAUUUAGGUUCAGUCAGGGAUCUCUAGAUUUAACUGUUGAUGAGCCGGGUAGUCGUCAUGUUGGUACCACCCGGGCGAACUUUGUGGUAGAAAGAGACAACGGUACAAUAGGGGAUGUGGUCAUAGGAUGGUCCAUUGUAAACAUCACUGCGAGGGCGGAUUUCAAGGCUGUGAAUGGUUCCAUCCUGUUCAAAAAUAACCAGCAAAAGAACUCGUUUGACGUUGAAACUGUGGUGGACACCACACCAGAAAAAGAGGAACGCUUUUUGGUUGUUCUCUCUGUCAUCAGAGGUGGUGGAGAUCUGAAGUCGCCAAAUAAAGCGUGGUUGACUAUCAGUGAAAACGACGAGCCUUAUGGCGAACUAGGAUUCGCCGUAGCUCCACGAACACUAAAUAUCGAAGAGACGGUUGGUUAUGUCGGGAUUAAAGUCCUUCGACAUAAAGGAACAUACGGUACAAUCACCGUGGACUAUCAAAGUAUUUCGCAGUCGGCAGAUAGCUCCGAGGGUACGCUCAUGAAGUUCGGGGUGUUUCAAGGUUUCCGGACGAAAAUUGCUCGGAAAUGGUAUCCAUUCUCAGCUUAUGGUAAACAAUAUCUUUUACUUGGCGCGGGCAAUGGUUCUAGUCUUGUCCAUGGUAACGAUAACGCGUACCUCGGCUCGGGGCUGUAUUAUUGGCAAGGGUUGUACACACAUAUUACGAACAUCACUACCAAUAACCCAGUUCAAUUUGAAUCUUUCCAAAUCGACGGCCAACACUUCAUUGCUGUGGCCAACCAUGGCUCCGAGGACAACUAUGAAAUAAACUCAACAAUAUACAAGAUGUUUAGGAAUGGAACAGUUUCACAUCAUCAGAAUAUCUCAACAAAAGCUGCGUCGGAUGUGAAGUUCUUUAGACCGCUCGGAAGUCGUGAUUCGUAUCUUAUCUUUGCAAAUAUGAAGGAGAAUACUGGAAAUACAGAUGUACUGACUAAGGUGUACAAGUGGUCUAAUCAUCGUUUUGUUGAACACGGACGCGGGCUGACGUGUCGUGGGGCCUCGGGUCUAGCUCUCUUCACCGUGAAUAGUCGUGACUUCCUCGCUAUCUCCAGUCUCUUUGACAGCGUGAACGGUAAAUACCAGAGCAGAUCCGUCAUUUUUGAAUGGAAAAACGGUCAAUUCAAGUCUUUUAAGGAAAUCGACACGAACGGAGCCAAUGGAGUAGAAUACUUUCAGUUAGAUGAUGAACAUUAUUUGCUCUUUGUAAACUCACAUUCUUUCCCUGUUCUGUACAAGUGGAACGCUGGAGGAUUUGUCUUGCAAACAAAUGUACCAAUUACUGAUGCAAAGUCCGCGAGAAUGUUUUCAAUGGAUCAGGAAGCGUUCCUUGUGAGUACUUCAUCUGAGGGAAACUCCCAUCUUUGGAAAUGGAACAGUCGGGGAUCAAAUUUUCAUUUUUACACGAAUGUAACUGCAUAUGGUACCGAAGACGUCCAACCAAUCACAAUUCAAGAUUCUGUGAAUCAUAACAUCACGCUAUUGGCUGUUGCCAUGACAGCAACCAGCGAAUCACGUCUACUUCAACCUGCAAUGGUUUCCGCUCAAGCUGACUUCAUCCCAAGGAAAGGUCAACUCAUAUUCAAUAACGAGGACACGGAACUUAGUUUCUAUGUCACUAUUUUCAAUGAUUCCAUUUCUGAACCGGACGAGACUUUCCUCGUCACACUUAGCAACGCUACAGGCGGAGCUGUGAUUGGUCCAAAUGGUAACUUGGAGGUGAACAUCUUAUCCAAUGGAAAUCCUUAUGGUCGUAUUGAAUUCGCAAUGAAAUCUCGGAAUAUUGUCGUUGACGAGAAGCUACGUGAUUGGGUGUUAUAUUUGGAGGUGUUGAGACAACAGGGGAGUUAUGGCAGGGUUAUAGUAGCCUGGAACAAAACGGAUAAUGUUUCGGUUAGUGAUCUUCAUGGUGAAAAUGACGUGUAUCCAGCUUCGGGUACGAUCGUGUUUUUGGAGGGAGAGACAAAGAAGACGAUAAAUCUUACGAUUGUUGCCGAUGAUAUCCCGGAGGUUAACGAAGUUUUCAAAGUGAGUUUGACGUCUUUGGUAGAAGAUGGCUCAAAUCUUCCGCAACAAGGUGCAACAAUCAACUCUGCUCGAUCCACCUCGACUAUCAUUAUUCGAGCUAACGACGAGCCCCAUGGAAUUGUGGGAUGGCGGCGCACCAACGUUCUUGCGCAGGAAUCUGAAGCAACAAACAGCACAGUACAGCUGAUCAUCGAGAGACAGCUAGGGUCAAUUGGUGAUAUAAAGGUCUUGUAUAGUACACGUGAGGCGACCAGAAAUGCUUCAGCUAAUGAGAGACCUGCCGUCCCGAACCAAGAUUUUGUUCCUGUGUCCAGUGAGGUUAUUAUGGCAGACGGCGUUAACAUAACGAAUAUCUCAAUUCAUGUGAUACAUGACAAUAAUGCAGAGAUAAAUGAAAUAUUCUACGUCAACAUUACAGCAGUUCAACUCCUUGAAUCGUAUGCACACCCUCCUGAAAACUCUCCACGUAUCAACCCAUCCAGUCAAGUAGCCAAAGUCGUUAUCUCAGAGAACGACAAUACACGGGGGGAACUGAACUUCAAUAUCAGUCAUUUAGUAGAUCCUAGGACGGGGAUCAUCAAGAUUAAUGAGGACAUCGGGGUACUUCGGAUACCUUUUGUCCGUUCAGGGGGUACAUAUGGUACAGUUGGUUUUGAGUAUCGUCUUGUCCCUAAAGAUGUCAACGACAAUGACUACACGCCCACUAGAGGGAAAAUAGUGUUCCAGCCAAAUGAAACAUCCCGUGUUUUGGACAUUAACAUAACUGACGAUGAUACUGCGGAAGUUGCCGAGCUUUUCCGUUUGGAGAUGACGCAGCCGAUUGGGGGCGCGAAACUGGGCACAAAACGAGAAGUGACGGUUGAAAUACGAGCUAGUGAUCAACCACAUGGGGUGUUUGAAUUUUCAUCAGCGCAGACAGUGCUACUGGAGGAGGGUCGCGAGGCUCGCUUAAAGGUCGUGCGAUUACAAGGAAGCAUCGGUGAAGUCCGUGUUUUUUGGAAUGUCAGCAGUGGUGCUUUUCCUGAUAUAUAUCCAGCUAAUGGAACCCUCUCAUUCCAAGACAAUGUCACCAGCCAAGUUAUUCGGAUACGAGCCCGCGCGGAUGAUAUUCCUGAAGGCGACAAGAUGUACGUGUGUUACUUGGUGUCAGCUGAUAAUGACGGUGUCAUUGGCAGCGAGAGAAAGUUGGUGAUACGUAUUGAUGCCAAUGAUGAUGGUUAUGGACUAAUGGCAAUAAAUCCAGCCACGUCGCUGGUCUAUGUUGGUGAACCAGACUCAUCUUCUAGUAGUGGAAGUGUAGUCGUAAGUGUAAUUCGUAAAGCUGGUACGUUUGGAACAGUUCUAGUGGAUUGGGACCUAAUAUCUGAUGAUCACGCGUCAGGGCAGGCGGCCAGAACAUUUAACACAACAAAAGGGAUUAUCGUGUUUGAUGAUGGCGUUAGAAUGAAAAACAUAACACUUUAUGUUAAACAAGAUUCAGUCCCGGAAGAGACUGCAAACUACACCUUACGUUUGGUCGGAAUACUCAACGCUCGGAUUGACCAAUCAGCUUCGCAGGCGUCUGUUGUUGUUGUGUCUAGCGAUCAUCCUUACGGCAUUAUUGACUUCGAUAGCGCAUUGACGUAUAACGUCUCCGAGGACGUGGGCCACGUGAUCCUAAAAGUUAUUCGCAACAAAGGAAAUACCGGAAGACUGCUGGUCACGAUUAACGUGUCUCCAUCUGGUGCGACUGAAGAUGAUGAUUUUUCUUUGUCACCAAAAGUAUUAACCAUUGAAGACCAGAAAGAUACCGGUUCAAUUAAUGUGUCGAUACAUGCCGAAGAUUUGCCGGAAUUAUCCGAGUCAUUUUCGGUCAGUUUGGGAAAGAUUGAUCUCGUUACGUCACGAUAUAUUAACUACGGUUACAUGAAUGGCCUGCAAGUUGAUAUGCCGCCUGAAGUUGGCCCAAGGAAUAAGGUGGUGUUCACGAUCUUGAAGAACGAUGAUGCCAACGGAGUGGUAGAGUUCAGGCAAUCCAAGGUGGUCGUUCAUGAACAUGACAGGCGGGUUAUCGUGCAAAUCUUGCGAACAGAAGGUUCAUUUGGUUUAAUACGAGCACAAUAUACUGUUACCAACAUCACAGCAAAAUACGGAGAAGACUACCUUCUCUCUGAUGGCGACGUCGUCUUUAGCAAUGGUCAGAACACAGCGAACUUGAGCAUCACAUUGUUUGACGACAAACUUCCCGAAGACAGGGAGUCGUUCCGUCUUGAUCUCACUUCUGUUAGUGGCGGUGCGAGACUGGGAGACCGAAGAAGGCUGGAAAUAGUCCUGGAGACGAGCGAUAAUCCGGAUGGAUUGUUUGGUUUUCAAAACAAGACUCGACUUGUGUUCGCAAAUCCAACUAAGAUACUCGACCUAAAGCUGGGCGUUGCCCGAAUAGACGGGGCGAGAAGUUUUGUGCGGGUCAGUAUUCGCGUGUUCAAGAUAUUUCCAAGUCCAGGUGUGAUCACAGAAGAUAUUGAACUUCAAACAAGUGAACUAACUUUUCAAACUGGAGAGUUUGGACCAAAAAUGUGCGAGAUAUGGGUUUUGCCUUUCGUAAGGGAACGGGAAGUUGAAGAGCAUUUCCAAGUGUCAAUAAUAGGCGUUUCAGGAAACGCUUCCAUUGAUAGUCUCUCACAAAAUAUCACUUUGGUUAUUCUUAAGCGUGGGAUGCCAAAUGGACUGUUUGGAUUUAGCCGUACAAGUGCAACACAGACCGUCAGUGAAGAUUCUUCUGAUCCUGUGGUGCUAACUGUGGAUAGAAAAGAGGGACGUGAAGGGACAGUCGAGUUGAAAUGGGCAAUUUCUGACUCAGAUGGGGCAGAUUUUGUAAACAGCAAAGGGACGCUAACGUUUCUUGCUAACGAACAACGGAAGCAGAUCUCGUUGAAGGUUAAGAACGACAAUAUUCCGGAAUUGAGUGAGAAAUUCACCGUGACACUUCUCUCCGCCAAUGGCGGCGGAGAUAUUGAUCCUAGUUCUAGCAACGCUACUGUUGUGAUAAGAGCGAGCGAUAAUCCUCACGGAAUAUUCCGCAUUGGUUCAAAAACUCAACGUAUCACAGUUGAAAAUGAUCUUAGCCGUGUACUUAGCUUCACAAUCCAACGGAGCGAAGGAAGAUUUGGUGAUGUUCGUGUAAAUUAUCAACUUGUCUAUUCCCGAAACUAUCCAGGAUCUUUGAACGGAUUCCUCGUCAUACGAGAUGGGAAAAACGAGAAAACAGAGUCAGUCGUUUUGAACGAGAACACGUUUUUGUAUUCCUCGUCACACUUUACUUUGACUCUAUCAGGAGUAAUGUUUCAAGGUGAUGGCGUGUCAGAUAUUCUUCCGAAAUUGAAUCCGUCAGCUUCAACUGAGGAUAUCAAUGUCCCAGAGCUUGCUGCAAACUCUCUGGUGAAGUUUAAGGAUGGCUACAAGGCCCUUACAGUAAAUCAAGAUAACCAAGUUCCCCGUGUCAUAGUCACACGUGAUGGUCUCUAUGGCAACACCACAGUGUCAAUAGCAAGUGGCUAUCCUCCGGAUCAGUAUUCCGGUUUUACGAAAGGAAAAGUACAAACGUCAUUGUCGAAUUUGACAUUCCAAAGGAACGUGAGAGAAAUGGAAUUUAGUAUCAAAGUCACUCCAGUGCUUGUACCUCGUCAAAAGAUGGUGUAUGCUGUAUAUCUGUCUGGAAUAAAGACGCCCCCAAAUGUUCAUGGGGGAGCAAAGAUUGACGAGUCUGCGCAGACUAGUGUUAUUGAACCGGGGGGUGUGUUUGUUGUCUCUACUGAAACCCAAAACAUUAUUGUCAAAGAGAACGAAACAGCUGUUUUGACUGUCUACCGGCUCUUCAGUACUCUGGGGACCAUUCAGGUCGCGUACAAGACACAACCCACCUCCAAAGCUAAACCAAACCAAGAUUACCUCGACACUUCAUCUACGCUAACUAUGAUGGACGGUGAAUAUCGCAAAGACAUUAAGAUUGGCAUCACAAAUGAUAAUUUACCAGAGCUUGAUGAAAUAUUUAGUGUACAACUGACAAGUGUUACUGGAGGGAAUGCACGUUUGGGAUCUAACAGAACUUCAACAAUCACAAUUCAAGACGAUGAUAGCCCUCACGGUGUCCUCUCUUUCCACUAUCACUCCAUCACAGUUCAAGAAAACAUCAGCGUUGUUGAUGUCACUGUUUCUCGCACCGGAGGUACAUUUGGGGACGUGGGUGUAUUAGUAAGAAGUAUUGGUGGAGGAGAGUCGUGGACGUCAGGUGCAAGAGAGGAUAUACGUAAACUUCUUGAUACACGAGAACGUUCAAAAAUUGCUGUAAUCGGCGACGACUAUUACAGUUUGAGUGACAGGCUUCUGUUUAAAAAUGAUGCCUCUGCGCCUUCAGGUGGUCAGAAUAUGUCAGUAAAACUGCGUAUUAAGAACGAUGAUAUUCCUGAAGUCGAGGAAGAAAUCUUUCUGUUCUUGUCAGAGCCAACUGGAGGAGCCAUCCUCGCAAAUCCUUCCACUGGAGGACAGAGUUGGGCCGUAGUUAAGAUUGCUGGGAAUGAUCUUCUGAAUGGAAAAAUCUACUUUGAGGCAAGCUCGCUUACGCUGGAUGAAGACAACAGUCCUGCAGGGGAAAUCAAAGUGAUGCGUACUCAUAAUUUGGGAACGGCUAAUGUGCUAUGGCAAACGUUUAAUACCAAGGAGGAUCUUGAAGAAACUUCAGGGAAGAUAACGUUUGCUCCAGGUCAAUCAACUGCGCUACUCCGUUUGAAAUUAAAAGAAGACAACGAUCCUGAACUUCCAAGUAAUUUUACCGUGAAACUGAUGUCUCUUGUCGACACGCCUGAAGGUGUUCUUGAUUUAACUGCAAAUGUUGUUACGGUAAUGGUGGCAGCCAGUGAUGAUCCUGCAGGAGUAAUUGGAUUUGACCAGGACUCGAGAAAUACUGCUGUUGAUGUUUCCACCAAUUCCGUGAAGCUUGACGUCACGAGAACACAGGGUACCUAUGGACGGAUCACUUUAUCUUAUAAAACAACAAUGUUAGCCGAAAAGCAUACUGAUAACGACCUCGUUAUCAACCGUGCAAUAGAGAGCAAGGAUUACAUUAAAACACAAGGAAUGUUGGUCUUUGAGCCGGGAAAGCGAAAGGCAGACAAAGAGAUUGUUAUCGAGCUAACUCCUAACUCAGCUUCGGACACGUCGUAUCCCAAAGCUUUCAAUGUGACGCUUUUUAAUCUCAGCACUGACGCGAGAUUGCACGAAAAAUAUUCAAAAACGAUGGUGAUCAUUUCCAACGCCGCACGGACAACACAGUUUUUGAAGCUCAGAUCUGAUUCUCUCAAAACUCCUUUGUCCAAUGAGGAUAUGACGAGGAUUCUGCAGUCGCUAUAUUCGACAUUAAACCAGGACACGUUGCAAGCAAGCCAUGUUACGAUCACAGCUAAUGCUCUAAACACAAUCCUGAAUGAUCUUGGGGAAAGAGCAAACGAGAAAGACAGAAUAUUGACAAGCGAAUUGAGUGAUCUUUUCAUGAAUGUUUUUGAUAUGUUAUUGAAUCCAGAGCGAGCGGAUUUCAAGGGAAAGUCGCAGUUUACAGAACCGUUUGUUAAAUAUGCAUUUGCUUUGCUUAACGGUGAAGCCUGUCCAGGGUCACUUGUUGUUAAAAAGAAGGGAAAAUAUGCAACAGUGGAAGGAAGAAGACGUUAUGAAAAGGAUAUUAAUAAACUAAAAAUAAAGUCAAGCUCUUCCAAAAACUACUUCACAUAUCCCUCGAAUAUCUACCAGCAAACGACAAACUCUGCUGGGAAGUCAGAGAAAUGUGCUGAUGUUCAUUUCAUCGAGUACCACACUACCCAUUGGUUUAAUAAAGAUGAUAAUGAGAACAUCCUGAAUAACCAAGUCUUGUCAACGUCUGUCAGGAAUUCAUCAGACACCAACCCUGGUCAAGCUUCAUCGUAUUAUAGAAUAUACACUGAGGACCGACGAGUCACGCCAAAAGGUGCCGAGUGUUUAAAAUGGCACAAAAAUGCUUGGGACAAUAGCAUCUGCUCUGUGAAGGACGAAACCGAAGAUUACGUUGAAUGUGAAUGCAAACAUUUCUCAAACUUUGCUGUUCGUGCUGAAAGCGACGACCGCGUUGGUUAUGAAUUUUACUUUUUCAUCGCAGCAUUUAUUUGCAUGAUUUCAUUUUUCCUUGUAAUCGUGUCUCAUCACAUGUGUUCACUGGAAAACACCUUCUCUGCCAAACUUCUUAUGCACAUGUUCUUUGCUGGUUUUGCCUUACACCUCUUGGUUGUGGUUGCUGCGUAUAUCAGUCCAGACUUGACUGACAAACCCGAGGAAUGUACAACGUUAGGAAUCCUCAUUCAUUACUUCCUUUUGGCACAUUUCUGUUGGAUAUUUGUCCAGUGCUGUAACCUUUGGAGGAUUCUUGUGUUGAACGACGAACAUACGAAUCGCAAGUUCAUCCUCUAUUUCAUGCUUGGAUGGGGUAUUCCUGUGCUUUGCAUUGCAAUGUAUGUCAUUAUAACUCACGCUCUUUAUGACUGGGGUAUCACAGAGAUUUACGCAGAUGUUCACAAUAAUGGUGAUAUGUGUUUCAUUCCUAAUAUUUACGGCGUUCUCGCAAGUGUCUUGGGACCAGUUCUUCUUUUCCUGCUUGCUGUCGGUGUCUUGACGACACAAGCCUAUCAAGUUACGAUACAAUGGAAGCUCUACGAUGAUAUCUUCAGAGGACAUCAUAACGUCAAAGAGGUCUUGCAUCUUUGGAUUGUUUUCUUCGGAAUAACAAUGACUUGGCUAUUCGGUGGUUUGCAUUUGGCUUUUGGGAAGCUAUGGCUUGCCAUUCUCUUUUCAAUCUUUGAUCUUGUUACUGGAUUGUAUGUCUUCAUGGUCUACUUUGUUCUGCGUAAUCAAUGUCGCAAGAAAUAUCGUGAUGAGUCCUAUCUUUUACACGCAAGUUCACCAUCGCUUCAUAAUCCAUCACCGACUGACUAUCUUGCGGAAAGACCGGUGAUGUAUGACGCGCAAAGCAUGAACAGUGUGCCGAAAUCGGAGCUUCGGCUAUCACCGCCUGAUGGAAACGAAUGGGAAGAUUACGAAUACGAGGGUACAACCCCCAAAAGCAGUCGUAGAGGAUAUAAUGACGCCCCCCUGGCAGAGAUUAACCCGCUCUAUGACGCCUGGAAUGGUGAGAAACUCGGUGGGGAAAGCAACGAAGACAUCAUCGAAAAAGAAGAAGAGGAACUAUCUGAAGAUCUCAAUGAGUUGGUACGCGCCCUGAAGACUGGAGAGACUCUUCCAGACGAGCAUGAUGGGAAAGAUAUAGUCGAAUUAUCAAAGCAGGACCAAAUGAAGACAGAUAAGUUGGAGUUACGUCGGGUAUCCAUUGCUGAUACGCAUGUCUAGUAAAAUGUUGUAGUAAAAUUUGGAAAUAGUUCUAAGAAAGAGUUAAGAGGUUCACAAGUGUCACUUGCCAGGCACAAUUUAAAGCAGUUGUCGAGUGAUUCUUGCGAAGAAGUAUUUUUAAAACGAUGUAAAAACUUUUUGUAAAAUAAAGUAAAAUUAGG